UUUUAUACUGUUAAACAGAGAAAAAUGAAAAAAAAAUGAAACAAGAGAAAAGUGACAGAAGGAAAAGGAAAUAGUCAGAGUCACGGUUGGCACGAGAUAUUAGAGCCUAAGAGGAAAUGGAAAUCCUGGCAACACCUGGCAACCUGUCCGUAGAACCUGAGCGAUUGGAAGCAAGAUAGUUGGCCAGGUGUUACUGACCAAAUAAAUAACGACCCGUCUAGGGUAUGAAUUACUUCGACACUGUUUACAUAAAAAGCGGAGAAGGGAGGAAGAGGAACGCAAGGAAUUUUUUGAAACCAUAAAAAUAGUCGCGAAGCUGGGCAUAAUCGUCACAGACGAUACGAUAGGAAACAAAGAGAUCACUUGAAAAUCUACGUAGUGUUGAGUGAGUUUUAUCAUUACCACCUGCUGACAAGAUCUGCAAUCGCUUAGUUUCCAACCCAAUACGAACAGAAAGCUAAGAAAAGGAAGAUGAUAUGUAAAAUACCAAAGAUCUCGUAAUAGCGAGAUUAAGCAAGAAAUUUCGAGGAUCGGGCAAUACCACCGAUGCAAUUAAAUUGUAAAUAGGAUACUAUAUCGUAUCGUAACAUACCGUUACUAUCGUUAAAUUCACGCACAUAUGAAUUAUAUUGAAACCGAGUAAAUUAUGCGCAUAAGUAAUUCCCGUCACAAAUCGAUAACUUGCUACAAUCUCUUAAUAAAUUUCGUUAGUUGAUUCUUCCUCUAGUAAAAACACGAAAAAUUGGCAAAGAAGAUACUCGAGCAGAAACUCAUAUGUUGUUUCUUAAAUUCAUCAACUUAGGAGCAAAAGAAAAGGGAAAGAAGGGAGGAAAAUAAGAAAGGUAGAGAAACAGCUAAUAAAAUCCCUGAUCGGGUUGCAACAUUAUUCCACGAACGUGGUACGAUGAUUAAGAUCACGCUUCGAGGUAAGUGACCAGGUUUACUCGCAUAUUUUGUCACGGAUCGCAGAAUUUAGGGCCAGUACCGCGGCGAUCGCUUUUGCAACUUUCGCCGUCGCUUAACGAUCCUCGUAAAAACCGCAGGAAUCGCCACGACCGACUCUUUCUCCCUUCUUUCAUCCCCUUCCUUCGCCGUUGUACCAAUACUUCAAUCUUCAAUGGUGGAGGAACAUCGAACUCACACGAUCUCAGUGGAUCGUUCUCUUGGGACAAUUGCUUUUUACGUGGCCACUUUGUCGUUCCGAUCGAUUAGCAUAGCUACCAACGAUUGGCUGGUAGUAAAAGUGAAUAUUUACUUCGUGAAGUUUAUUAGCGGAAUCGCGAUUAGUAUUCAAACGUCGACAACUCGGAGAUAAUUGCACGUGUACGUCAUUGCUGGGAACGUGUCUAGUUCGAUUAAAGUCGAACGUUGGUUCUGACAACAAGAAAAGAAAAAAAUGUAUUCAAAAUUGUGAGAAUGGCUCGAUUGUUUGUUUAGGAAACAAGGCUUACAGCUUUUGCUGAAGUUUAAUCGAAUUUAUUUUGGUUUGGGGAUUUUUGGUAAAUCAGAGGCUAAAAUUAGCUGAGAUCGAACGAAGAAAAAGAGCCAAAAUACUACGAACUAAUAGUUACCCGCAUAAUUCUUAUUGUCCUACACGCAAAAAUUGUUAUUAACCGAUAUGUGGCAAAAUAUAUCCUAAAUCAAUGGCAAUAUCUGUAAACGACAAUGGUAGGGCUUUCUGGUUCACUUAAGUCUUGGACAUUGUUCGAUUUGUUAUGCAAAAGUAACAGGCUGUUGUAACGAUUGUUAAUUGUUAUGCCCUUGGUACAAUGUAUUGCUGUUAUUGCAACCCUGUGCGAUUUAAAAAACGUGAUAUCAAUUUAAAUAAUCUGAUAUGCACAGGGAAUUCAUUUAAUAUAAUAAUUAAUAAUAUAUGAUAAUUGGAAAUUUGCAACUGUGUUUCUUUCAUUGACUCGGAAGACAAGUUUUUUUGGUUUCCUCGAAGUCUUAUUUUCAGAAUUCUUCCCUCUUUUGAGAGGUUUUUGACAAUUAAUGGCAUAGUAAUAGCGUUAAUAAAUAAAGAUUGUUUUUGUUUUAUAAAAGGCGUAAAAUGCGUUUUUCUUCCAGAAUGCUUUUAUUAAUGUGAUUCUUCCUCUUCUGCCAAAGGCAAAAAAAUUAAUGUACGUGGUACUAGUAGUUCGAGUAUUAUUUGCAUUUCAGGAUGUGACGAGUUAAUCGUCGCGCGUUUUGCAAUUAAAAUUAUCUUCAAGUAUCUCCAUGUUCAUCAUAAAUUUUCUAUCUCUAUCGUGGUCCAUAGAAUUUUUCAAAUCCCACGUCCCCAUAAAUCAUCCAUGACCUUUCCUCCUUUCACCCGUUUAUUCUUCCAUUUCUUUAUUAAUUUAUUAAAUCCCUGGAUGUAGCAAGGAGCUACAAAAACCUACAUAACCAAGUAACCUAAAUGAAAAUAUGACGUAACGUUUACCGUGAUUUACAACUGUUUACAAGUUUUUACUCGGUUCGUCAAUUUCACUCGCACAACAUUCCUAGUUCCCUGCAAUGAAUGCGUAUACACUUGCAACUGUACAUUCUUCACGUUAUAAUUCUCGUAUCUGUUAUUACACAAUGAAUUCUUAAGAUAAAGUUACACGUUUUAUACGCCUCUCUCUGUUCAGAAUGAUUUGUAUUGCAAAUUUGUUAUUUUUAUUUUGAUAGUAUUUCUUCCCCAUUCAGUAAUAACUUUUUCUUUGAUUAACUUACCAUAUGGAAUAUAAUUUUUAUUAUUUACACGUGUUUUUAGUACCAUUUUCAAUUACAAGCAUCAACAACCCCUUCCAAGAGGAGACAAACAAACUACGAUCACAGAACCUUAAGAAUUCCGUAAAUUCGAGCUGCUAAUUUCUACGUUUCUUAAUUUAAUAUCUUCCCUCGAUGUUCUUUUACUUCAAAUCUCCCGAAACGUUUCAAUUUUUUCGUCGCUCAAACGCUCCAAACUAUCUACACUUAAAAACUCCAAUCUUCAUUCUCCUGAAAUUAUCCAUGCCUAGCCACCCUCUAAAAUUCCUAGUCCGCCUUUGGCCGUUAAAAGCCGAAAAUCAUCCCAACCGCACGAACCAUAAACUGUCGAAACACUUGAAAAAUGCCUACCCUAAAAGUCUCCCACUUUCACUCUGCCCUAAUUUCCCUUGAGAAUUCUAAAUCUCCCCUUAAUUAUUAAAAUACCAAAUAAUAAAUAAAAUAUGAAUUAUUAAAAUACGAAAAUCUGGCGAAACAAUGUUUCGUCAAGAGAAUCAUCUUGCCCGAACGAUCCACCGCCCCUUGACUCUCCGCUCUUCUACCGUAACCACCACCUAUCUAACUCUUUGAACUCUCGAUCUUCCACCAAACUGCUCUAACGUGUUCACUGCGGCGCGGUUUUCAAAUUCAAAGGAAGCAAGAUUAGGAAACGCGGAUAAACAACUAGUGGCAACCCGUUCGUCGCGAUAGUUGCCACGUUCCGGCAAACUGGAAAGUGGAGUGCGCAGUCCGCUUGUUCGGUAGCGGCGAACGAGAAAGUUCUGGAAAGCCGCGACAGUGAACGCGUUAGAGAUAGAACUCGAGCAUCGAGUGAGUCGUGAAAAUCGCGAAGAAAGACGGAUGGAUGGAGGCAAAAGGCGAUUCGACUGCGUGCAACACCGUUCUCCAGAAGUUAGCAUCGGUGUGGCGCGAGCCACGGGGCUGGACCAAUGACCGACAAGUGGCACGAGGUAAUCAGCAUGCUUAAUGCGAUAAGGCAAUCCCUGCAGUCCUGUCCGGGGAUCGUGGCUUUACAUAUCAUCCCCGUCUUUCGAUCGGUUAGACGCCAGAGAACCUGCUGACCGGCCGUGAUGUACGCUCUUCUUGUGCGCCUUUGCUUAACAGCGACUCUGUUCUCCGCAGUCUUUGCUGUUUUGCCGUCUUACAUAAAGCCGUGCAAGAAGAGCGAUCCAGAUAUCAACAAAUGCAUCACCAGGUCCAUCGAUCAGCUUCGUGAUAAAUUAUCAGUUGGGAUACCAGAACUCGGCGCACCAGCCAUCGAACCCCUAAACCUCAAACAAAUUCGUCUGUCUCGAGGACCAGUCGGAGCGAGGCUCGACGUCAAUCUCACGGAUUUGCGGGUGUUUGGUCCAUCCUCGUUCAAUAUCCGGGACCUUAAAGCUGACGUAGAGAACGUGGUCUUCACGUUCAAGGUGAAUUUCGAUAAGUUGAGCUUUCAGGGGAAGUACCAGAUCGACGCAAGGCUGCUUUUGCUGAAAUUGACAGGGCAGGGUGAUAUCACUGGAUCUUUCACCAAUUAUGAUUCGGACGUCGUCCUACGAGCACGCAAAGUGCACAGAGAUAACGACGUCUACCUUAAUUUUGAGAAGAUGAAGAUGAAGAUCAAAAUCGGCAAGGCGCAUUUAAAUCUCAGUAAUUUGUUUGGCGGCGAUACUGUUCUUGCCGCUACCACCCACGAGUUGUUAAACAACAACAACGCUCUAUUUCUGGACGAAAUCACACCGGUGCUGGAAACAUCGCUGGCAACACUUUUCACGGACGUGGCCAAUAAAAUCACAAAGACUUUCACGUACAAAGAACUAUUUCCGGACGAUUAAACUGUUUAAAUCGUUAAGAUUCGGUUCCGAUAAUCUUGUAAAAAUUUGUACAGCUACUUUUGUUAUCUUUUAUUGUCAAUAUAUAUUCAUACGGGCAUACAUUUUCAUUUUAUAUUUUAUAAACGAAUAAAAGAACACAUUUCGAUAUUAUUAUCUUGUUAAAGAAUUAUGAACGAGUAAUUGGAAAAUAAAAUAAAUAUAUAAAGUUUGGAAAAGCAUUUAGGCGUGCUUCUAAAAUUGGUGUAGAUCGUAUAUUAUUAAGUGUUACUGUAAAAUCAAGGUAAGAUAUAUUCAGCUUAAGAUUUAUUAUAACACUUAUUCGGCUUAUUACAAAAGUUUUCAAUGAACGAACGACAAACAAGAAACCAGACAGAAAAUGGUCAACAUGAUACGUAUAGUUGCAAUAAAUAAUUUUACAAUGAAGUUAUGAAAUUGUGUAAUUACGUUCUAACAUGUCACAUGAUUUGUACAAAAUUAGGCGAAUAAUUUUAAAUGUACAAAGUAAUGUUCAAUUGUAACGAAACAUUUUGCCCCAUGAAUAAUAAAAUUUUAUCAAAAGAU